AUGGGGAACUGCUGUUCUAGGUGGGCAGAGCCUUCCAUUUACAGAGUUUCAUCUAAUGCAAAGUCAGAAUCGCCAAAUAAAAUCUCAUCAGAAAAUGCGCGAAAGAAGGAUGACGAUAAAUUACCAUCAAACCCUGAAGAAGUGGAAAGUCUGCGAAUUAGUUUACCCGCAAAUCAUCUGAUUGUGUUCAGUUUUGAUGAACUAAAGACCAUGACAGAUAACUUCAGACAAGAUUACAUGCUGGGUGGGGGUGGAUUUGGAAAUGUGUAUAAAGGCUUUUUAUCUGAUGACGUUAAGAAAGGGUUGAACCCAAACCUUCAGCCAGUUCCAGUCGCUGUUAAAGUGCACGAUGGGGAUAACAGUUUUCAGGGUCACAGAGAAUGGCUGGCUGAAGUAAUCUUUUUAGGCCAGCUUUCUCAUCCGAAUUUAGUGAAACUGAUUGGAUACUGCUGUGAAGAGGAGCAUAGGGUGCUAAUCUAUGAGUAUAUGGCUCGGGGUAGCGUGGAAAACAAUCUAUUCUCAAGAGUGUUGCUUCCUCUUUCGUGGUCAACUAGAAUGAAGAUUGCUUUUGGUGCAGCAAAAGGACUUGCAUUCUUGCAUGAAGCUGAGAAACCCGUCAUCUACCGUGACUUUAAAACAUCUAACAUUCUCUUAGAUUCGGAAUACAAUGCAAAACUAUCUGAUUUUGGCCUGGCGAAAGAUGGACCAGUUGGCGAUAAAUCACACGUUUCAACUCGCAUAAUGGGGACGUAUGGUUAUGCUGCUCCGGAAUAUAUUUUAACAGGUCAUUUGACUCCUAGAAGUGAUGUAUAUAGCUACGGUGUAGUCCUGCUCGAGCUUUUAACUGGAAGAAAAUCAUUGGACAAAUCAAGACCAGCUAGGGAGCAAAAUCUGACCGAUUGGGCAAUGCCUUUGCUCCGCGAGAAGAAAAAGCUGCUUAGCAUAGUUGACCCAAGAUUAGAAGGGGACUAUCCCAUAAAAGGAGUUCACAAAGCUGCUAUGUUGGCUUACCAUUGCCUGAACCGUAACCCAAAAGCGCGUCCUCUAAUGCGAGACAUUGUAGAUUCCCUGGAGCCUCUCCAGGAGCAGCAGCAAAGCCAGGAUAGUCUUUAUUACACUGCUGAAAAUGAGUUUGGUGCCAGUAUAGUUGGUCUACACAGUAAAUUCUAUGUUAUCGAUAAUAGCACUGCGCUUGAAGUGAUACAAAGGCUGAACAUCGGAGGUAACUCCAUAAAUUCAAUGGAUGAUUUUGGGUUGUUUCGCCACUGGGAUGAUGAUAUUAAUUACUUGCUAGAGCGUCCCAGUCUCCCAGAGCUCGCCGACUGA